AUGUUUUUAAGUAACACUUUGAAAUCAAACACAUUAAAAAGUAGUCAUCAACCCUUAUAUAACUAUAUUCUAUUAGAAUUUAAUAAUAUAUUUAAAUGUAGCAAAUAUAGUAGUAGCAGUAGAAAUAAUGACAACAAUGAUUAUCGGUCAAAGAAUAUAGAUAGAACAAGAGCACCUUUACCCAGAUCAAUUGCUUCAAAUUUAAAAGAUAAAUCGGAAUGGUUAAAAAGACAAUUGAGUGAUCCAUACGUAAAACAAGCACAGUUGAAGUCCUAUGUUAGUAGAGCUGCCUUUAAACUUGAGGAGUUGGACGAUAAGCUGAAAGUUCUAAAAGCUGGAUCGGUCGUUGUAGAUCUUGGAGCGACACCAGGUGGUUGGACACAAGUUGCUCAGAAGCGUGUGGGCAACAGCGGUAUCGUAUUCUCUGUAGACAUCAACGAAGACGGUUUCGAAUUGGCUCGUGCCAAUUUUAUAGGUGGUGAUUUCAGAUCACCAGAGACAAAAUUAGCAAUUAAAAAUGCAUUACUUAAAGAAAGAUCUAAAAGAUCGAAAAGAUCAAAAAGCAGUAGUAGUAGUAGUAAAAGCGGAACAACAACAACAACAAUAGCAACUGCAACAAAUGAUGUGGAUAACAACAAUAUCGAUGUAAAUGGAUUUGUAGAUGUUGUACUUAGUGAUAUGGCACCUCCUUAUUGUGGUAUCAGUAAUGUCGAUCAUGAAAGACUGAUAGAUCUCGCUGGACAAGCACUUGACUUUGCAGUGGAGACACUCAAGUCUGGCGGAUACUUUAUUGCAAAGGUAUCUAGAGGUGGCAGUGAAAAUGAACUACUUAAAAGAAUACAGCAACAUUUUACAACAUAUAAAUCAAUGAAACCAGAUGCAUCAAGACAAGAGUCAUCUGAAAUUUAUUAUAUUGGUGUUAAAUUUAAAUCAUCUAAUAGUUCAAAUAGUAAUAACAACAACAACGGUAAUAAUAGUAAUGGUAAUGGUAAUGAAAGUAUAUAUGAUUAA